AAUAUAUUUUCAGUCAUUCUGCUCUGGAUAGCCCAGCAGCUGCCAGCAGCCAUAUUGCCAUUUCUUUAGAUUGUAAUCUUUGAGAUUUACCAGAUUGAUCACUGAGGCUGGGAACAUUGCAGUGCACACUAGUUUAACUGUUUAGUAGAAUACCACCCAUCCUUUCUUCUUCCCGUAUCUGACUGUGUGUUGUGUGGGCAUUUUUUUUUUAAUGUGUCUACGAUUCAGUGACUUGGAGCCAGGGUUUCUAAGAUACUCUGCAGUGUGACCCUGAACGGUUUGUUUCUCUUGUGAACCUGGUGAAGUAAUACCAUUCUCUUAACUACUACUGUGUUUAGUUAAUCUGAAUCUUAACAAAAAUGAUUAUUGAUGUUGUGUCAUCUGGCAUAAAUGUUUCUGAAAAUUAAUUUAUUUGAUUCUACUGGGAAUGUUUUCCUGGUCUGAUUGAAGGCAACAAAAUCUCACCUGCCCAAACACUGCACAGUUAAUCUGAUUUUUUUCAAAAUCUUUCUCCUUCAGCCUCUACAAGUAACAGGGGGGCUGAGCCAAAGACUGGGACAUAAUCACACUAAUGCCCAGGCCUCUGUCUGCCAUUAGCCCUCUGGAAGAGUGCCCUCUGCUUAGGAGACUAUCCUCUCCAGAGCAGCUCAGGGGAAAUGAAGAGGAACAGAAAAUGCAUAUCUCAAGCUCCACUUACAAAUAUAGGAAUGAGGAAUUUAAGAGACAAUUCUCGCACCUGCCAGAUUUGGAAAGGCUUGUAGUAGAUUAUGCCUGUGCUCUCCAGAAGGAUAUCCUCCUUCAAGGACGCCUGUAUCUUUCUGAAAACUGGCUCUGUUUCCACAGCAACAUCUUCCGAUGGGAGACCACAAUUUCUAUCGCCUUGAAGGAUAUCACCUUCAUGACAAAAGAGAAGACAGCUCGGCUCAUCCCAAAUGCCAUCCAGAUAGCAACUGAAGGGGAGAAGUUUUUCUUUACUUCAUUCAGUGCCAGAGACAGAAGCUACCUCAAUAUCUUUAGAUUGUGGCAGAAUUCGUUGUUGGAGAAGAGACUGACCAAGCAAGAAUUCUGGCAGCUUGUACAGCAAAGCUAUGGCUCUGAGCUGGGCUUGAACACGGAAGAGAUGGAAAACAUUUAUUCUUCAUCAGAGGAGAAUGGACAGUCAAGAUCUAGCCUGUGUGAUGAAUCUGGGGAUAAGGAGUCACCUAAAGCAGUUGGUGUAAUUCGAGAACCCAUUGCUCAGAUACUUGAAGUUGAAACGGGGUCUCUUAAUGGAAACAUACGGACAGAAGGCCCUGAGUUAGAGGAAUUGCACUGCGAUAAACAGGACAGAAGGAGUUCUCUGCUUCCUUCAGAAAGGAAGCCAGCUGAUGUAGCACAACGCAAAUUUUCAAUACAGUCACCGGAUCUAAAUGAGAACUUCGCUCAAGAGAAGAGCAGUGCGUCAGAAAGCGACGAAGAAGAUGAGGAAACAUUCCCUGAGAGCGACCUCCAUGGAAAACUCUUUAUUAAUCGGGUUUUCCGCAUUGGUGCAGAUAGGCUGUUUGAAAUGCUUUUCACUAAUUCCCAUUUCAUGCAAAGAUAUUUCAGUACCAGAAACAUAACAGAUGCUGUAACAACCCCUUGGAACAGAGACAUUGGAGGCAAUCAGUUGAGGACCAUGACUUACACUAUUGGGCUCAACAAUCCCCUUGUUGGAAAAUUCACAACUGCAACAGAAAAGCAGGUCCUGCAUAAACGGAGCCACAAAGAUCAUUGCUAUCGGAUAGACACAGAGGUGGUGACACACGAUGUACCUUACCACGAUUACUUCUACACCGUGUAUAGUUAUUGUAUUGUUCGCAUGUCCAGCCAGAAGUGCAGACUACGGAUCUCCUCAGAUGUGAAAUACAGAAAGCAACCAUGGGGGCUUGUCAAGAAUAUAAUAGAGAAAAACACAUGGGGUGGGAUAGGAGAAAACUUUAAGCAACUUGAAUCGGAAUUGCUAAUGGAAGAAUAUGAAAUAAACAAGCCUGUAGAGGAUCCAGUGAAACUUGGUGUUUUGAGGAGGAGGAGGUGGACUUUACAAAGGAAUGUGGGAGAGAUACUUCCUAAACGUUCUUCACAGUACUCUUCGGGGGAGACAGGUGCACCUUCCCGUGGUGAUGGAGGACCAAAAAGGAAUGCUACAAAUAAGACCAUCACCAUCAUAGUGGUAAUGAGCAUCUUCUUGCUCCUACUGGUUUUGCUAAAUGUGACGUUGUUCCUCAAACUGUCCAAGAUUGAACAUGCAGCUCAGUCGUUUUACCGUGUUCAGCUUCAGGAAGAAGGAUCUGUAAAUUUAGCCUUUAAUGUGGCAUCAAGAGAAAAAACUCACCAGCAGGACAAAGAUCAAGUCCAGCAUGUGAAAGGAGUGCUGAGGGACUCCAUAGCAUUGCUUGAACAGCUGAAGAAUUCCCUUUCUAUGCUCCAAAGUAGCUUUGAUCACCUAAACAAGACCGACAGCAGGAAGCCUGAAAGCUGAUGUCACCAAAGGAGAAUGAAGAUAUUUUGUAUUGAAUGUGAAGCUGCUUAUUUUUCUCACAUUUCUGCUCACAACCACUGUACACCUUAGAAAUAUAUCUAUAAAAUGUGUUCGUUUUUAAAGCGAUUAGCCUGUGAAUUCUCCUGAUCCACUUGACAUCUUCUUGUGAGCAGUUUGCUGAACUGUGAAUACCUGGUGUGAAUGAGUAAGAACAUUGUGUGGUCUGGUAAUUAUGUGAUAUGCAAAUUGUAGGGGGAGAAUUCAGCAAGCAAUGUGAUCUGUAAAAAAAGUAAAAAGUAAAAGUAAAUUGGACUCACAUCUGAUGAGAAAAUCAUUAACAUUAUGAAGGAUGCAGCAUAGAUUAUCUUGUGGAGCUUGUAACACCCAGAAGUUCUCCAUAUGGUCUUUUUCCAUAUUCAUGCAACAAUUAUUCAAAAGUAAGCAAUUUUAAAGGUCUGUACAUAUGUUCUAGAAAACUAUUUAUAAAUCUGAAUUUUGAACAUACUGAUUGUUUUGGUUGUGUGGGUCUUCUGCUGUACGAGUCAAAGCAAUUCUACCUCUUUCUACCACUGUCAUUUCAGCUCUCAGGAUUUCUCAGGAAUUGUCCUUAUAUGUCAGAGAAUUAUAUUCAAAAAAUGGUCAGUCCCUGAAUAUUUUUAAAUGGCAACCAGUGCAUUAAUCUGACUGGCAUGUUGAGUCCAUUGAGACUUUUUCUGAUUUUAACAUUUUACAGUCUUCAGGCCUGGGAAUCCACUUGUCUUUUGGUUGUGUUAUAUCUAUUUUGUAGCACAGACUAAGACCUUAACUGUGUAACACGAGACGGGAAUCACCUUUAUCUGCUAAAGUUAAGAACAAGCUUGUAAGCCAUUGAGGAACAAUAGGCUUUCUAAAGUAUACUUCUGGAAGAGUAGAACGAAGUAGAAUGGUAGUGGCACAAAUAAAAUUGUGCCUCAAUCUGGCUGUGCUGGAUAUGUCUGUCUAUUAAAUGGAACUGACCAUGUUUGUGACUUCUAUUUUGGGUUUUUUAAUUUCCACUUGACGUUCAUCGAAAGUGCCUUUAUACCUGUUUGUAUAGGAAACCAGCUUUAGCAGAUGGACCUACCCAGGCUUUAAAAAAACUAAGAAGGAAGUACUAUUUAUGUACAGUGCAGAAAGAAAUGUGUUGGAGCAAUUUGUGUCAAACUACUACGUGUUUUUGUAGUAUGUGUAUCUUUUUAAAAGCAUAGGCAUUGAAGUUAUAAAUUACUAGUCAGAUUAGAGAUAAAUGAAGGCCGUUUCUGUGAUGUCUCUUUACAUCUGAUGUCUUGUGUGCUUUUUGUACUUGAAAGGAACACCACACUGAUAAUUUUAUAUGGUAAGAAAAUGAAGUUGAAGAUUCUGUAUAUAAUACCCGGAGAAUUAUGUUAAGCUUUCUGUGAAUAAAUAUGAGAGGAUUCAUUAAA